UUCAGUGAGCGCGUCUGGGCGCUGGGCUGGAGAGCAGAGCGCGGAUGGAAGCGCGCCACACAGGACCUGAAGUUCUGAAUGAACGCGCUUCAAUUCUCCGCACCAUGGGAGACGGUUUACCGUCCGUAAACUACAGCAAUGACUCUAAACGCGCCACGGUGGAUCUUAACUUAUCAGAGCAGUGGCUCGUAUGCAUGGGAAUCAUCAUGGGUCUGAUAGUGUUCAUCAUUGUAGUGGGAAAUAUACUGGUUAUAGUCGCCAUAGCGCGGAAUCAGAGGCUCCAGACGCUCACCAAUGUUUUCAUCGUGUCUCUGGCGUGCGCAGACCUCAUCAUGGGGUUACUGGUAGUGCCAUUUGGUGCAGCCUUGGAGGUCAGAGGAGCCUGGAUGUAUGGAUCGUUCUUCUGUGAAUUCUGGAUAUCUGUUGAUGUACUUUGCGUCACGGCGAGCAUCGAGACCCUGUGCGUAAUUGCAAUAGACAGGUAUAUCGCCAUCAUCUCUCCGUUUCGCUAUCAAAGUCUUUUAACAAAAGCACGAGCCAAGGUUGUGGUUUGUGGAGUGUGGGCUAUAUCAGCUCUGGUGUCAUUUCCACCCAUCCUAAUGCACUGGUCCCGGGACAGCGAGGAGACAGCGUGCUAUGACAAUCCCGAGUGCUGUGACUUCAUCACCAACCGCGCAUAUGCCAUCUCCUCUUCUAUUAUAUCGUUUUACAUCCCUUUAACAGUCAUGAUAUUCGUUUAUGCCAGAGUGUACAGAGAAGCCAAACAACAGAUGAACAAAAUCAACAAAUGUGAAGGAAGGUUCUACAACAAUCACGGUACUAAUUGCAAACCUAACCGAAAACGAACCACCAAGAUCCUGGCUUUAAAAGAGCAGAAGGCGUUGAAAACGUUGGGAAUAAUCAUGGGAACGUUCACUCUCUGCUGGCUGCCCUUCUUCAUCGUUAACGUGGUGCGGGUGUUUUGCGCACAAGUGGUGGAUAAGGAACUCUUCGUGUUUUUGAACUGGCUGGGGUACGUGAACUCCGCCUUCAACCCCAUCAUAUACUGUCGGAGUCCCGACUUCAGGAAAGCCUUCAAGAGGCUGUUGUGUUGUCCGAGGCAAGCGGACCGCAGGCUGCACGUAAGUUCGUGCGAUCUGUCGCGCUGCACCGGGGGCUUUGGGAACUCAAUGGAGCAGAGCAUGCUUGGGACGUGGUCGGACUGUAACGGCGCGGACAGCAGCGACUGCAGUCUGGAGAGGAACGGCAGGAUCUCCCAUUCAGAGUCUCAGCUGUAAAAGUGUGACUUAUUUAAUCAAUAUUACACGAGCUGGAGUGCCGUUUGUUUCUCAUAUCAGGUAAUUACGACCACGUUGAAAGUGUGAUAGGCUAUUGCUUAUUCGAUUAACAAUGAAUAUGAGAUGAACUACGUUUCAGAGAAAAAAUGGCCAGUCCUACAUUUCUUCUUCGUCAACGAAAACAGUUUCAGAAAAAAAAUCUAAGUAUUAUUUUUUAUUAUCGCCAAGCAACGCACAAACUAAAUAUAUGGGUGGAGCGGAGCGACAUAGGUUCCCCUUUCCCCACCCAUUACGCGUGUAAUCACUCCGCUCCAGCUCCACUCCGGUUUCGCACCGAGCGAUCGUGCAUCCAGAAAAAACGCGCACUCGCUUCCACUUCAACAUGCUGAGCCAUGAACACGAGUAAGCGAAGUGACACAAACAGUGAAUGGUCCAAGUGCCAUUAUUAAUUCAGCACUUUUGUAUCCACCUUUUUCUUUAAGAACUUCCAGUUUAUUAUUUUCAUGAGAAAAUUAACAGCGUGCUGUAAACAGUAAAAAUGUUUGCUUUACAAACCAGUGUGCUCAUAAUUAAGAUAACAGAUUAAAAUAAUACAGUAAACCCCACCAGUCUGCAGUGUCAAGCAGCAAAACCAGCAGUUUGUACAGCUAAAAAUAGCUAGAGGUGGAUGAGACGGAAGUCACACCCAUACAAUUUAGAAAUGGCCGCGGUCGAGGCCGCGGCCGCUCUCACGGUUAGAAAAAGGUGGAUAAAAUAGAUAACUCGACAACCGAAAUUUUGCAAUGUUGAAACAAAAAACCAUAAUGAACCCAUUUAAAUCCAGUUUUUUUUUCCAGCUAAAUUAGCAUAUAUAUUUAGAGAACGCAUUGAAGCAAAAUACUAAAUGAAAUGAAACCGUGUUUUUUUUGCCUGACACUAUUGUAACCAAUGAGAAUCUAGUCAAAUCACUGUUAGUCAGUAAAACCAAUAAGUUAAAAUCAAGCAGCAUCAUUUAAUAUUUUUACUAUUCAGUAAUUGCGCAGAAAAAGGUUAUUCUAAGCUACAUGCCUAUAUUUCUUCAUUUAAUGUAACAAUAUGCGUUAAAACAUACAAUUUUGAUUCAGUCAAGCGAAUCAGUUAUUCAAAAUGUGAUUACUGAUGUAUACUGUGAUAUAAUUCAUAUGAAACACUAUUCUAAAAAAAUACAUUCAUAAUUUUAUUUAUCAUAUACGUAAAUGAGCAAACUGGAAUUAACAGCUCUGAUCAUGUGACUGUUUAAACCAGCUGUUUAAAAAUUAGGUCAUCACAUUAAAUUAAAACAGUCUGAACCAUAUUGUUGAGGAUGGUUUAUAAAAUACACACAUACACAAAAAAUAAAAGCUUUUUAGGUAAUCUCAUAAGCAAAUGCUAGCCACAAAUGUUAAUGUGGGAUUAAACGGGUUCAAACAUUUUACAGUGGUUGAUUUGUAUAAACUGAUUUUUUUUUUUUUUGAAAUACAAACCAUUCAGUAUUUAGCAGUAAUAAAUGGCAGUUUGGACUGACUGAAGCAGUCUUCAUUCUUUAUUCAGUUUUCAUCGUUCAUAGCAAUGUUUUCAGGCUUUCAGCCUUUACAUUGCAGAAUGUUUUAUUCUUGAAUGUGCGAUAUUAAAUCUUGUUUUACCUCAUACCUGUAUAAUGUGCAAAUUGUACAAGGAGGAAUUUGUUUAUAUUAAACAAAGUGUUAAAAUGUACAGUAUUUAUUUGAUGCAUUGUACAGCAUAUACAAAAAAGCGUGGCAAUGUGAUAAUGUUAAAUAUGACUUGUGAUUUGCACCUUAUUUGUGUCAAAUGUGAGCUGCCCUUGGGGCAAUGAGCUUCGUGCAUUUUCCAUUCAUUUCGAAUUUCUACCAGUUUGAUAUGUUACUAGAUUGAUUUAUCUGUAAAUGAGAUGCACAGACAUAUUUUUGGGCAGGUUUUGUUAUGAAUAUAUUGUCUCCAACUUCACAUUUUUACAGAAAUAAUUUAUGUACCAGUGCCUCAUGUGAAGUAUUGUAUAAGAUUCAUCAUGUUGACGUCAAGUUGGCUAGCGUGCAAUAAAACGUGAUAUUGUGAAAAGGCA